UUCCUUGAGCGCUAAAAUCUGUUGGAUUUCGCCAACUUGAAUUUGACGGAAAGAAAAAAGCUGUCCAGCGGAAGUAGUUGAGUGAAGCCCGCCACCUGAAUCACACGACUUUCUCAAUUCCUAAAAUGCUGUAUCAAACUUUAAAUGUUUUUUUCAGAAUGUGAUAUAAAAAAUUCCCCAAUACUUAGAGGGAUUGUAUAGCAUUAUCCCGCGAGAGCAACGAAUUUUCUUUUGCGGAGUCUUUGCCUGAAACCAAGUUCCAUCAUGCCUCCACCGAGUGAAACUCUGGUUCAACUACCGCAUAUGUCGCAUGUCCACCCCGGACUCCGUUACCUGUACGAGCGGGCCGAGUCGGGAGUAUUGCCGACCAUCACCACCAAGACGGCCCUCAGCCGCUCCACCCAGGAGAAAACGGCACGAUACCCGCAUGUCAAGAGGGUAGGACCCUACCUACUCGGAAAGACCGUCGGAGAAGGAAGCUUUGCUAAGGUGAAAGAAGCACUUCAUAAUGUGGUGGGAGAAAAGGUUGCUGUCAAAAUCAUCGAUAAGAAAGUAGUCCGAGAGGACCCAUACCUGCGUAAGAAUAUGCGACGGGAGGCGAGUUUGCUCCAAUCGUUACGUCAUCACCCAAACAUCAUCACACUGUACGAAGUCAUGGAGACGGAUAACAACUUCUACAUGAUAUUAGAACUUUGUACUGGUGGCGCUCUUCUUGAUCGCAUUUGUAGUGAGAAAUGUCUCCUGGAGAAAGAGGCUAGGCGGUACGUGAGGCAGAUAGUGUCUGCCGUGGAUCACAUGCAUCAAGCGGGCAUCCUCCACAGGGACUUGAAAGUAGAAAACUUACUCCUGGAUGGAAACGACAAUAUCAAGAUUAUUGAUUUUGGACUAAGCAACCUGGUUGGAAAUGGCCAAGUGAGGGCGGAGUUCCGAGCCACCCAGUGUGGCAGUCCCGCUUACGCUGCGCCAGAGAUAAUCGCGAAUAAAAGAUACGGAGCUAAAGUGGAUGUAUGGAGCAUUGGAGUGAACACGUUCGCCAUGCUAGCUGGAUGCCUUCCUUUCACUGUGGAACCGUUUAAUAUUAAACUUCUCCUGAAGAAAAUCAACAGCCGGGAGAUGGCAGAGAUACCAACACAUCUCUCAAAUGAUUGUAAGGAUUUCAUCCGAAGGCUUCUCCACCCAGAUCCACGGAUGCGAUACUCCGUCAUUGAUACAAUGAACCACAGGUGGCUCGCCGAGGACAGGGGCGCCCUCCACCGACCUCGCACUGCGAGCCCGCCCCCUAGCGGCCGCGUGAGUCGCAUGGAACUUGAGACCGACAUCCUGGAGUACAUAUGGAGCAACAUGGGCUACAACAUCAACCACGUGACCAACUCCGUCAUCAGUAAGCGAGCUGAUGAAUAUUCAGCCAUAUACUACCUUCUACUGCGCAAGCGCGACCGACAGCAUCGGAAGAUGUUGAAGAAACUUGAAGCCGUCGACGAGGGAGCAGGAAGAGACGCAAAGGACUCUGGGAUUAGUGGUCCAAAGUUGUAUGAUGAAGCCACGGCUAUGGAGCUUGCCGGUCGAAAAAACGGCAGUCUUCAUUUCAAAAUGGCGCUGUUACUAGAGCAGGAAACAGAAGAGGGCGCCCUCAAGGACCAGAGCAGCACCAAAGGUCAACCUGAUGAGGAAACAAAUCAGAACGAUUUAAAAUCCUCUGAUGAACCCAUGAUUACUGAGAAAAACUUGACGUCAUCACCAGAAAAGAACAAGGAGAGCACUGUUACGUCAUCCAAAGAAGGAAUCAACCCAACACACGCCUUACAUCGCCAAUCUAGAAAUACGACACAUUAUAACAUGGAGCAAAAGAGAUCCAACUUUCAGUCAAACAUGGAUGCACUGAAAUUGACCAAUACAAGAAGCAAAACAACGGAAAAGAUUCAAGACGACUGGAGAGAUGCAUCCAAGAAAGUUACGACAAACACUUCAGAUAUGCAUGUGAACUCCAGAACUGCAGGCAACGGUCGUAGAUUUUCCACCGCACACACAGUCAAUUUGACAUUCAAACAGUCAGAUACCCCAUCCGAAAACUUUGCUGGUCACUUCAACUACCGCAGUGGGGAGUCGGGAAACCGUAAGAGAUUAGUUUUGGCGCCAACGCGUAUCACAAAAUACGCGCCUAUCAGUAAAGUCGUCACCAUCCCAACAUGGAGACAAGCUGAUUCCAUUGAUUCAGUCAAUCUGAACCAUUUCAUGGAUGGCUUGCACAUCUCCCCAAGAAACGAGAAUUCACGAGGCAAGGACAAAGACCAACCAGAUGAAGGCGGCAUCAGGACGUCUACACAAACUCACAAAGACGCCAAGAACACCAGGAACACUCGGCAGCCUAUGCCGAAAGACUGUGAGAUUCUGUCCAAGAGACGUCAACUGAAGAUAUCUAAACGAAAGAGCAUCGAUAACCCCUCCCUGAGCCCAAGACGGCCCACCAAGACUCGAAAGCGAACCUCAAGUGACACCAAGCUAGUGGCAAGGCUUCCAGGCAGACCCAAGACUCCAGUAGCAUCAGAAUCCAAAGCACAAACCAAAAGACAAGGAGCUUUAACGGAUCCCAAGCGAAGAGAGUCCCAAGACAAAAACAGGGGUUGCAAACGUAAGAAAUCCAUCACUAAGAAAGCCAGUACCCCAAGUGACAGCGAUGGAGGUUAUGUGAAGUGUGAGGAAGAUCCUGAGGGCAGAGAUGAUUCGCAACCUGCUCCGCCCACGCAAGCAGAACUUAAGGCCGCUUCACCUCUGAUGAAGAAGGCGUUAGAGAAAACACCGCUACCCAAGGCCCGUUUGACGAACAAAAGAAUUGUCUGUAACGCGGUUACAGCUGAAACACUUGUUUGAUCUGAUUCCUCUUUGAUCUCCCUAAUAAAAACCGCCUCUAUAUUGUCAUUUACAAAGCUGUAUUCAAUAAGAAUCGCCCGGGCCGAUAUUAGCUCUUAGAGUUGUUAAUUGCAUUAGAUCGACUGGAGGUGCCUUUGCUGUGCCGAUUGCAGUGUUUUAAAAUUGACUUAUUACCAAUUGAAAUGCAGUGUGCGUGCGAGUUCUCUUGGCUUCGACGCUUGGUGUGCAAUCUCCAGAUCAAAUUAGCAGUUGACUGUUGUGAUAAGGCCUAUGUCCUGGCCUAUUAAAACUCAAGUACACCCUAUGCCAUGGGGUUUCACCCAAGUUUUAUUAUUCGAACGUGUCUUGGUUGGGUUAUUGUACAGACCUCUGGCACGGCAUCAGUUUUCGUCCUGACGAGUGAGGUAUUCUAGCAACCUAUCACCAGUAGUACUGUGCUAAUAAUCAACUCUCUACCGUUUCAAUGCCGAGUUUCCUGUUCAAGAUUUCCCCGCUUAUGACGGCGAGGGCCAAAUUCCCGCCCAACCACGAGUAACUAAACCCGUUUCUGUUUUUCCGCGUUUGCCAGGUUUCUCGUCGGUCGGCGUUGUGUUUGUUUUCCAUGUGUGUUUAGUUACCGUACAAUAAUACACCGUAGGCACUCCUAUUCAGUGCAUUUCAUAUCCCAAGACAAAGUGUACUUUGUGCAAGUUCAUCUUUUUCUUGAGUUACAGAUUUAAUCAUCGCUCCCGCGCGGGCCAUUUAUAUGAUGACUGGCGAGGCUACAUAAACAUCUGUGGUUAUUUUAAUCAUUGUAUCCAAGCACGGGGGAAACAGAUCUUUGAAAGUGUCGUGAAAACAUCUUGGAACUUGCAGAUUUGGUAUUUGUAAAAAGACAUUCAGUAAUGCGAAAACUAUUUUCAUAUUCAAUGUAACUUUAUCCCGGUUUGGUUAUCGGGAAACUUUGUUUUAUUCAAUCCGAACCGUCUUAAUAUAAGUUUCAGAUUAAGUGAUGUACCUGCUGAAGUUUUGGGACCUCGGGUACCCAAACCUCUCUGAAAUUUAAAUUUCAGUGGAUUUUAAAAUCCUGUAGAAACCGGCUUUGGAAUCCACUACCCUUGCUCUCAGCGCGCUGGAUAUCUUUGUGCGUUCACAGCUGAGGACAUCUUGGGUCGAGGUUGAGGUAAAAACUCUGAUAACGAUCUUGUUAUAAUCCGCUCUCCUUGUUUUCUGUCGUCAUUGAGAAAAAACGGAUUAAGGUCAGGGUGCCGGUGGUGGACUGUUCUACUGAAAAGCCUCCUUUGCAAAAAAAAAACAUUUUUAAAGUGUGGCUUUUGAUAUACGCAAGUUGCUUAUAUAAAGGCAUUCUGAGAACAAUGGCUACUAUUAAGUUAUGAACACUGUUUGUGUGGAUGCGUCAGAAAAGUUAAUUUUCGGAUUUCAUUAUUUCGAAUUUUUUGUGAAUAAAAUUUUUCAGAGAUUAACAUUUAUAAGUGCUAUUUUAAACCACAGGUUGGGAAAAAGUUCAAGUUGGCGCACUAAAGGUUGGAGAUUUUGUUAUGAAAUCAGUGUUGACCAAAGAAACAAAUAAAGAAAUGUCUGCAUGUAAAAGAUUACAA